CAUCCCGCAUCUCACAGCGAUGAGCUGCGCGCUCUAACGAUGAUUUCUGCCUAUUUCACUAUCUAUAGGUGAUGGUUUCACACCGAAGGGGAAUUAUUGCGUAUGGCCCGUGCAGAGUUAUAUUUCCUGACGGUUGUCUUGUAAUUAAGGAAUGUCUGCUGGUUUUCAUCCCUCGGGAUUCGCGCACAAACUGAAGGAAGAUGAAGAAGCAAUUCAACCGAAUGCGACAGCUCGCCAACCAGACAGUGGGCAGGGCAGAGAAAACAGAAGUCCUCAGUGAUGAUCUGCUGCUGGUGGAGAAGCGUCUGGAACUAGUUAAACAGGUGUCUCACAGCACACACAAGAAGCUGACCACAUGUCUUCAGGGUCAACAGGGUGUGGACGUGGACAAGAGAUCUGUCAGGUCACCUUCAAAGAAGCUUCCUCUGACAUCACUAGCUCAGUGUUUGGUGGAGGGCGCUGCUGUUCUGGGUGACGAUUCACUGCUGGGGAAGAUGCUGAAGAUUUGUGGAGAGACGCAGGACAGACUCGCACAAGAACUUCAGCUAUUUGAACUCCAAAUCGAGCGGGAUGUCAUCGAACCACUCUACACUCUCGCUGAGGUCGAAAUUCCCAACAUUCAAAAACAAAGAAAACAUUUAGCCAAACUGGUGCUGGACAUGGACUCUGCUCGAACACGGUGGCAGCAGUCAUCGAGAUCUUCAACUCUGUCCAAUAAGGAAACGGCAACCGGGGCCAAAGCCGACGCCCUCAGGGAGGAGAUGGAGGAGGCAGCCAAUCGCAUGGAGAUCUGUAGGGAUCAGCUGUCAGCAGACAUGUACAGUUUCAUGGCCAAAGAAAUUGACUAUGCAAACUACUUCCAAAUGUUGAUAGAAGUCCAGGCAGAGUACCACAGGAAGUCUUUAGACUUGCUCCAGAACAUUCUCCCUCAGAUCAAAGCUCAACAGGAGUCGUGGGUGGAGAAGCCGUGCUACGGGAAACCUUUAGAAGAACAUCUGACUUUGAGUGGCAGAGAAAUCGCGUUCCCUAUCGAGGCGUGUGUGACGAUGCUGCUGGACUGCGGCCUACAGGAGGAGGGUUUGUUUAGAAUUGCACCAUCUGCAUCGAAACUGAAGAAGUUGAAAGCGUCAUUAGAUUGUGGAGUAUUGGAUUAUCAGGAAUAUUCUGCAGAUCCUCACGCCGUCGCAGGUGCUCUAAAAUCAUACCUGCGUGAGCUGCCCGAACCUCUGCUGACCUUUGACCUGUAUGAAGAGUGGAUUCAAGCAUCAAAUAUUGCAGAUCAAGACAAGCGUUUGCAAGCGUUAUUAACAGUCUGUGAGCAACUGCCCACAGCAAACAGCAACAACUUCAAGUAUUUAAUCAGAUUUCUUGCCAAGCUGAACGAGUAUCAGGACUACAAUAAAAUGACACCAGGAAACAUUGCGAUAGUCCUGGGGCCAAACCUGCUGUGGGCGCACACUGAGGGGAAUAUUACAGAGAUGAUGACAACGGUCUCACUGCAGAUAGUAGGAAUCAUUGAGCCAAUUAUCCAGCAUGCUGAUUGGUUCUUCCCUGGAGAGAUUGAGUUUAUUGUAACGGGUAACUAUGGCAGCCCCGUCCACACCAAUCACAAUGCCAAUUAUAGCUCCAUGCCCUCACCCGACAUGGACCAAUCAGAUCGCAGGCAGCAGGACCAGAGCAGACGACCUCUCAGUGUCGCCACCGACAACAUGAUGCUGGAGUUCUACAAGAAAGACGGCAUUAGGAAAAUUCAAAGUAUGGGAGUGCGAGUGAUGGACACUUCCUGGGUGUCUCGGAGAGGCUCUUCGUCGUCUCGUAAGAGUUCGUCGACUCCUCCCAGCGUACUGCUACCAGCGCCGCCCUCUGAUUCGCUGAACGCUGAGCAAUCAGGCGAUCUCUCCAUCUCUCCCUCACAGACUCCACCCCACAUCAGUGAUAGGACCAGCACACAGAUGAAUAAAGAGCCCUCGCCUGUGAUUGGUCAAAGAGGAAUUUCGCCAACAGCGCCCUCUGGUGGACAAACACAGUUAUCAGACCAGAGUCCUUACACACUGCGAAAAGUUUCCAAAAAAUUGGUGCCCAUCCCUUCUAAGGGUCCGUUUUCUCCGUCCGGCUGUGUGUCGGAUCUAUCUCCGGGCCCCUCACCCGUCAGCCUGUCCCCGACGCCCCCCAGCACCCCCUCCUCGUACGGCUUCAGUUACCCUCAGGGAGGCUCCGCCCUCACAUCACCCGGACACAGCCACAGUCAGACCGCCACCACGCCCUCUCUCUCCUCCCCUACACCGUUCACAGGCACCCUGCCCAAAUUGCGACCUACCCCUAAACCGCCCCGCCAGAGACCUAACCUGCCCCCGCCACAGCCUCCGGGUACGCCCGGUUUGAGCCCGCAGACCCUGGAACAUCCCUCAGGCCUGCUGGACGGGUUAUCACCGGGCGAGAGUAUGUCUACAGACUGGUUGUGUAAUCUGGACAUUCCUGUAAUAAACGUUGAACUGGACGGCAUUCUGGACGACAGAUCUCGCGGGCCGUACAGGAACUCUGUGUCUCUGGUGGAGUCCGAGGAGGAAUCAGAGAGCACCGCACUAUAACAUGCUCCUGUCCUUCACCACAUAAAUCACUGCUACUGACGGCCCUGUCAACUGCACUUCAUAUCGUAGAAACUCAGAGAAUAUUCAAUGCUGUCGACGCUUGCACUGACAACAAACAGUAUAUAAAGGAAUAAGACAAAACUACAGUUAUUCUAUGAAACUUUUAUGACAUCACUGUGUUGUCGUUCUCCCAUCCUGUUUGUUUAUGUUUUUAUCGUUUUUCCAUUUUGUCCGUUUUCUAUUUGCCUUAUCUAAGUUCUUGCACUUUUGCCUUGAAGUUUGUUUCACGUUUGUUUGGGUCGCUGGAUCAAUUCUAGACCCAUGUUUAACCUCAAAUUAGUGUCUCAACCGAGGCUACUGUAUUUAUCUAGAUGAAAACUAUACAAACACCGUAUAACACAUUACAGCACAAACAGCUCAUACUGAAGAUUAAACAUGAUGUUGAGAUUGAUUUGAAUGAAGCACCAUUCACACUGAGAGUUUGGCAGUCCGUUGUGCUGCAACAAAGGUGAGAACAUGUUAUCUUUAUGCAAAUGAGCAGCAAUAUCAAGCAGUGACUUUUAUGACCUUCGUUAAAGGUUUUCAAACAUGGAUUCUUCCGCCAAUGCAGGCGGGACACCAUGCUAAAAAACACUCGCAGUGUUUCCUGUGCUACCACCGAAUGUAUGACUCUUUUAAACUGGUUCUUUUGAAUCUACAUCGGAAAAACACACUGUGUGACCAGUCUAGCCCGAUUCCCGAAUGAAUGACUCUUUUGAGCCGGUUCUUUUGAAUCUACAGCGCAAAACAUACAGCGCGACCAGUGUAGUCUGAUUCCUGAAUGUAUGACUCUUUUAAACUGGUUCUUUUGAAUCUACAGCGCAAAACAUACAGCGCGACCAGUGUAGUCUGAUUCCCGAAUGAAUGACUCUUUUGAGCCGGUUCUUUUGAAUCUACAGCGCAAAACAUACAGCGCGACCAGUGUAGUCUGAUUCCCGAAUGAAUGACUCUUUUGAGCCGGUUCUUUUGAAUCUACAGCGCAAAACAUACAGCGCGACCAGUGUAGUCUGAUUCCCGAAUGAAUGACUCUUUUGAGCCGGUUCUUUUGAAUCUACAGCGCAAAACAUACAGCGCGACCAGUGUAGUCUGAUUCCCGAAUGAAUGACUCUUUUGAGCCGGUUCUUUUGAAUCUACAGCGCAAAACAUACAGCGCGACCAGUGUAGUCUGAUUCCUGAAUAUAUGACUCUUUUAAACUGGUUCUUUUGAAUCUACAUCGGAAAAACACACUGUGUGACCAGUCUAGCCCGAUUCCCGAAUGAAUGACUCUUUUGAGCCGGUUCUUUUGAAUCUACAGCGCAAAACAUACAGCGCGACCAGUGUAGUCUGAUUCCUGAAUGUAUGACUCUUUUAAACUGGUUCUUUUGAAUCUACAGAGUGAAACAAACAGCGCGACCACUUUAGUCUGAUUCCUGGACAAAUGACUCUUAUGAGCCGGCUCUUUUGAAUCUAAAGCAUGAAACAUACAGCACGACCAGUGUAGUCCGAUUCCCGUAUGACCUAAUCUUAUGAACCGGUUCUUUUGAAUCUACAGAGUGAAACAAACAGUGUGACUGCUGUAGUCUGAUUCCUGGACAAAUGACUCUUAUGAGCCGGCUCUUUUGAAUCUAAAGCAUGAAACAUACAGCACGACCAGUGUAGUCCGAUUCCUGUAUGACCUAAUCUUAUGAACCGCUUCUUUUGAAUCUACAUAGUGAAACAUACAGCACGACCAGUGUAAUCCGAUUCCCGAAUGUAUGACUCUUUUAAACUGGUUCUUUUGAAUCUACAGCGCAAAACAUACAGCGCGACCAGUGCAGUCUGAUUCCCGAAUGAAUGACUCUUUUGAGCCGGUUCUUUUGAAUCUACAGCGCAAAACAUACAGUGCGACCAGUGUAGUCUGAUUCCCGAAUGAAUGACUCUUUUGAGCCGGUUCUUUUGAAUCUACAGCGCAAAACAUACAGCGCGACCAGUGUAGUCUGAUUCCUGAAUGUAUGACUCUUUUAAACUGGUUCUUUUGAAUCUACAUCGGAAAAACACACUGUGUGACCAGUCUAGCCCGAUUCCCGUAUGAAUGACUCUUUUGAGCCGGUUCUUUUGAAUCUACAGCGCGAAACAUACAGCGCGACCAGUGUAGUCUGAUUCCCGAAUGAAUGACUCUUUUGAGCCGGUUCUUUUGAAUCUACAGCGCAAAACAUACAGCGCGACCAGUGUAGUCUGAUUCCCGAAUGAAUGACUCUUUUGAGCCGGUUCUUUUGAAUCUACAGCGCAAAACAUACAGCGCGACCAGUGUAGUCUGAUUCCCGAAUGAAUGACUCUUUUGAGCCGGUUCUUUUGAAUCUAAAGUGCGAAACAUACAGCGUUACAAUUGUACCCUGAUUCCUGUACAAAUGACUCUUUUGAGCUGGUUCUUUUGAAUUUACUGCAUAAAAUGCACAGCACAACCAGUGUGGAGUGAUUCCCAAACAAUUGACUCUUUUGAGUUGGUUCUUUUGAAUCUACAGUGCAAAUGUACAGCCCGACCAGUGUAGUCUGAUUCCCGAACGAAUUACUCUUUUGAGUCAGUUCUUUUGAAUCUACAGGGAAACACACAGUACGACCAGUGAAGCCCAAAUUCCCAUAAGAAUGAUUCUUUUGAGCCGGAUCUUUUGAAUCUAAAUUGUCAAACAUACAGCGUUACAAUUGUACACUGAUUCCCAUACAAAUGACUCUUUUGAGCCGGUUCUUUCGAAUCUACUGUGCAAAAUGCACAGUGCAACCAGUGUAGAGCGAUUCCCAAAAAUGACUCUAAUGAACCGGUUCUUUUGAAUCUAAAGCGUGAAACAUGCAGCCCGACCAGUGUAGUCCGAUUCCUGAACAAAUGACUCUAAUGAAUCGGUUCUUUUGAAUCUACAGCGUGAAACAUGCAGCCCGACCAGUGUAGUCCGAUUCCUGAACAAAUGAUUCUUAUGAGUCAGUUCUUUUGAAUCUAGAGCACAAAACAUACAGCUCAACCAGUGCAACCCAAUUCCCGAAUGAAUGACUCUUAUGAACCAAUUCUUUUGAAUCUACAGCAUGAAACUUGCAGCCUGACCAGUGUAGUCUGAUUCCCAAAUGAAUGACUCUUAUGAACCGAUUCUUUUGAAUCUACAUCGAGAAAGACUGUGCGAUCAGUGUAGCCUUAUUCCAGAACGAAUGACUCUUAUGAACCGAUUCUUUUGAAUCUAGAUCGAGAAAGACUGUGUGACUAGUGUAGCCAUAUUCCAGAACGAAUGACUCUUUUGAGCCGGUUCGUUUGAAUCUACUGCACGAAACUCAUAGCAUGAACAGUGUAGCCCGAUUCCCGAACGAAUGACUCUUAUGAGCUGAAUCUUUUUAAUCUACACUGCUAAACAAACAGUGCUACCUCCCGAACGAAUGAUAAAAUCUCUCGAUAAAAUCACUAUCAGUGUGAACGGCCGCUGCUUGAAUCUUAUGAAUCCAGAUGUCUAUGUGGUUUAAGAAAUUUAAACAGAACGAAAGAGUUUUGCCUUCAGAUAUAUGAGUUUAUAUUUACAUUGAGCUUAAAGAGUGUUUGGAGCCGCAAGUUACAGUUCAAAAACAGAAUCAGCUCUAAUGUCUGUACACUUCAGUGUCUGUGAAUGGGACUUUAGAGUCUGUUUGUAGCAAUAUAUAACAUUCUUAAGAUAGUAUAUGAAGAAUCAAAUAUUACAGAAAUGAUGACACAUAUAAAAUGAAGGCAGAUGAAGUAUAUUAUAUAAACAUUAUAACUGUAUGGAUACUGAGAUGGCUGUUUUUGAAUGUAUUUUGGAGCGGUUCUGACCAAACAAAGGAUUCUAAUAACUCAAUUAUAUACUGUAAGUAUUAUCAAGUCCAAAUGCACCGCUGCAAACUUGUAUAUAGACUAUUGAAGAUCAAAUAUUUGUAACGGCAUACAUUUACGAAUCUCAUUCUCUCUCUAAAUAUAUAUAUAUAUAAACAAUAUUAUUUUUGCUUCAGACACAAUACUGGUAUGUGUAAAUGCAGUAAUAUGCCGCGGUUCCUGUGCAGGUCUCUGGAAACAGGAAGUUCUAGAGCGUUUGCUGAAGAACAGAAUUGCGACAGAGAUUAAACAGUUAAGUAGUCACAAGUUUACCUCUUACAGGAUGGUUAUUGUUGUGUGUGUGUUUGUGUGAGUGUUUGUGUGUGUUUGUGUGUUGUGUGUGUGUGCAAGUGUGUGUUUGUGUAUGUGUGUGUGUGUGUUGUGUGUGUUUUUUGAGUGUGUGGAUGUUGUGUGUGUCUGUUUGUGUGUGUGUUUGAGUGUGUGGAUGUUGUGUGUGUCUGUUUGUGUGUGUGUUUGUGUGUUGUAUGUGUGUGUGUCUGUUUGUGUGUGUGUGUGUGUUGUGUGUUUUUUUUGAGUGUGUGGAUGUUGUGUGUGUCUGUUUGUGUGUGUGUGUGUUGUGUUUUUUUUGAGUGUGUGGAUGUUGUGUGUGUUGUGUGUGUCUGUUUGUGUGUGUGUUUGUUUGUUGUAUGUGUGUGUGCAUGUGUGUGUUUGUGUAUGUGUGUGUGCAAGUGUGUGUUUCUGUUCGAGUGUCUGUUUGUGUGUGUGUGUGUGUGUGUGUGCAAGUGUUUGUGUGUGUUGUGUUUAUGUGUGUGUGUGUGUGCAAGUAUGUUUGUGUGUGUGUGUGCAUGUGUGUGGCUCUGUGUUUGAAUGUGUUUGUGUGUGUGUUUGAGUGUGUUUCUGUGUGUGUUCAAGUGUGUGUUUGUGUUGUGUGUGUUUUUUGAGUGUGUGGAUGUUGUGUGUGUUGUGUGUGUCUGUUUGUGUGUGUGUUUGUGUGUUGUAUGUGUGUGUGUGCAUGUGUGUGUUUGUGUAUGUGUUUCUGUGUGUGUGUGUGUGUGUGUGUGUGUUGUGUGUUUUUUGAGUGUGUGGAUGUUGUGUGUGUUUGUGUGUUGUAUGUGUGUGUGCAAGUGUGUGUUUGUGUUCAAGUGUGUGUUUGUGUGUGUUGUGUGUGUGUUGUGUGUGUUUUUUGAGUGUGUGGAUGUUGUGUGUGGUGUGUGUGUUUGUGUGUUGUAUGUGUGUGUGCAAGUGUGUGUUCAAGUGUGUGUGCGUGCAAGUGUUUGUGUGUGUGAGUGUGUAUGUGUGUUGUGUGUGCAUGUGUGUGGCUAUGUGUUUGAGUGUGGGUGUGUGUGUGUUUGUGUGUGUUGUGAGCGUGUGUGUAUGUUUGUGUGUGUGUGUGCAUGUGUGUGGCUGUGUGUGUGUUUGCAUGUUCCAAGCGUGUUAAAAACUGACAUGAUGUAUGAACGCCUGUAUCCAAAGUCUUUCUAGCAAGUCAGUCUGUCGGGCAUCUUUGAAACGCUCUCGGGAGGUUAUUUCCAGUCAUGGCAGUGCAGCUCCUAUCUAUUUGAAUGGAGAAAGACUGAAAUCUCAAGAUUACGAUCAAAGAACAUUUUAAAUCAGCAGUAAAAUCUGACAACACUGGUAUCAUAAAUUGUGCUUCUUUACCUCAUAUCAUAGUAAAAAAAACUAAAUUGUCCCGGCUUGUAUAGCUAAUGCGCAUGCGCUCUAGAGUUGAUUGACAGGUGAUGUUUGUAUCUAAAAGCUGAUUGACUCUUAACCGUGAGGUGGGACUUCCUUUCUACAUCCGUUGACCGUUGGGUGCUCAGAGUUUCUUGGUUGAGCGUUCCAAUUUCUCCCAUUAAUUUCAAUAGAAGUGGCCCGUCUCUGCUAAAUAAUCUCUGCUUGAUCCAACCACUGACACGUCAUCCGUCCAUUAAAGUCAGCGACGCAGUUUGCAGACUGUGACAAACAUCAGCUUUUUUUCAGUCAUUUUAAUUUGGAAUAACGUGCACUAAAGAAUCGUUCACAAUAAGACCAGGAACAUAUAUUUAAAGGAAUAUUCCGGGUUCAGCUCAAUCGACAGACUCGUCCCUCCUUUUCUGUACAAAAGCACAAAUGUGUGUUCCAGUGAGACACUUACAAUGGAAGUCAAUGGGGUCAAUAAUCUGUAAACAUUAAAAUACUCACUGUUUCAAAAGUAUAGACACAAGACAUAAACAAUAUGUGUGUUAACAUGAUUUUAAUGUGACGCUUUGCGUUGGGGUGCUGAUCACCCUGUCUGGGUUUAUUGUGCGAUAACAACCGGCUGACUGUACAUUAUCCCGCUUAUUAAACGGCUACUAAACAAAUAAACAGAUCAGAGUUCUGUUGGUGUUUAUUUUGUGAAAAUGACCAUCUGACUGCUCAUUAUCCAGCUUAUUACAAGACUACCUGCCUAAUAAAUAAAUAAAUGCACAUUUAGUCAAUAGGAGAGAGUGAUAAGAGAAGCAGGAAAGACGGCUCAGAUACCCGGAUGAACGAUCUGAUACGUCAAUGCGCGGUGGUUACAGAGAAAUAUCAGAACACUAGAUGGCGCCAUUGACCAAUCAGAAUCAAGUAUUCCAGGCAGCCGUGUAAUAAAAUCACUUAACAACCUUUUCUGAGUAAAGUUAUAUCCAAUUUUACAACAUUGUUGCCGACGUAACGCCAUAAAUCCUGUUAUCCUGGUAAUCGAUGAUUUAAACAACUUCACAGCUCAAAUAAUACACGAGUUUUAACAGAAGAAUUCAUGCAAGUGCUUUUAUAAAAUUAUAAACCCUCCAAAAAUUGGCCCCAUUGACUUCCAUUGUAAGUGCCUCACUGUAACCUCAAUUUUUGUUUUCCUUUUAAAGAAAAUGAGGGAUGAGUCAAAAUGAUUUUUUGUCGUAAUCCACAUUAUGCAACAAACGCUGUUGAUUGAGCUGAACUUGUAUUGAGUAAAUACAGCUGUUUUUAAUGUCAUGUUCACUCUAAUGUGAAUGUCCCUUAAUUAACAGCUUUGGGUUUGUAUGUUGGAGGAAUUAACAUUAGUUUUAUUUUAUUUCGACCAUCUGACAUUUUCUCCAGAAAUGUAUUAGCUGAUAGAUCAGGGACGCCUUGUAAAUGGCGAAGAACCAAAAUGCAACAUGCAAAGAGUCUAUAAAGUCCAUAUUCCACAGUCAAAUCCUCUAUAUUUAUUUUCGUAAUGCAUGAGAGCAGAUUUGUCACCUGGUGUUGGUAAAGAUGUGUGUUUGUGGAUCUGAAUGUGCUUGUGUUUUCUGUAGAGACAUGUUGAAUAUGGUGGUUUUGUAUUUUUGUUGGGUAAGCCCAUUUUUAUACUAGGGUUUUAUUGGCACAAGCCCAUUUAACUGAGAUAAAACUGCCAUUUCUUAGUGUAAUAGGAGGUGUGAAGGCUGUUUAUCAAUGAUUAUCAGGUCGAGGUGGAAUCUGUGGCAUUUCUGCACUGAUUUCGAGGGAAAAUCUGAAUUUAAUAAGAGAGCAACACUCUUAUAAGUAGCUGAAAAAGGUUCUGGAGGAUAAAUGUGGGUUAUUGUAAAGAUGAUCUGAUGUCUUAACUAGAUGUUUGUAAAUCUGCCGCAUGCUUUGCAUUCAUUCCUUACAUUGUGUCGCGAUUUGAAACACUUUUUUAUAAAUGCAAUUUUAGCUAAAGAAGAGAAGCGGGCAUUGCUGAUACUCGAACCCAAAAUAUUUACUGCUAAUCAAAAUUAUCUACCCUUCAUACUUCCUGUACUGUCAAAUCUUAAAGAUUUUCAAUGUACAAGCUUUAUAUAUAAAGCAGAUCGCAUGCAAUAUAGUUCUAAAGGGGCGUUCACGCCAACAGCGAUUUGCAGCAUAAAAGUAACCAGCACUUUUGGUUGCAUGAUGAAGCAUCACUUUGAGUGUCAUCUUGUGAUGCACUUAAGAUGCAUUAUUAAAGUAACGGGAAAUGCAGGUUUCUAAAUCGCUGUCAGUGUGAACGCACUUCUGAAUUCGCUUCACAUCAUACUGAAUUCAGCGUUGUUGUUUACGGCCAUCACACAAAGAUCUUUUUCGUACUUUUAUGCAUUUCUCGUGUAUCUGAGCAGUAUCACAUAGUGAAAUAUUUAACAACACAAUACUGGGCAAUCCACACAACCCACUGCAAAUACCCGUGUGUAUCUACUGUAUUUAUGUGGUGGUGUUUUAUAGCAAUGCAUGCUGUUUCACUGUCAUGCGGUUCAGUUUGUUUUUUAUUGACUUCCUCACGUGUUUCACGCUCGAUUUACACUUGAACAAACAGGGGCCGAACAAAAAGGCAGUCAUUUACUCAGAGAAUGAUUUUUAACAUUUUGUUGUUUUUUAAUGAAGAGGCCCGGUGUGUGUGUGUGUGUGUGUGUGUGUGUUUUAAAAUGUGUUUGAAAUGGAAAACUGGAAUCAUUUGAGAUGGAAUCCUACAUCCUUCAUCAGAAUGUGAUCUCAAUUAAAAAUCAUUUUUGAUUA